AGCUCCGGGUUGCUGCCGUUGUUCUAUCAUGACAGUAUUGGAGAAAUCAUGAAUCACCACCGUAGGCCUUAGCUUGAAGCCUUUUGUUAUUGUUUGUUACAUACGGUUUAUUUGCUUAUUGUGGUUUAAGCAGUGUCUUGCCAAGAUUAGUUGGUGGCUCAGUCACUACUUCAAUCCAGAUUUUCAAUCCUGUAGAACUCCGAUGGCUGACAACGGAGCACACCCGACUGAAGAGGACCCGGCUGCAGCUUUUCUGGCCCAACAAGAGAGUGAGAUAGCGGGGAUUGAAAAUGAUAAUGACGGGUUUGGGGCGCUGGAAGACGCGGACAGUGUCCAGGCGUCUCACCCGCAGACCGUAAACUAUGAAGGCUUUGAAGAGGAAAUCGCUGCAGUAAAUGGAGAAAUAUUUCAGGAGUCCAAUGGCCCAACUGACAGCUAUGCAGCCAUCGCCCAGGUGGAUAUUCAGAGACAAGAACCGGAAAGUUUACGCAAGUGGAGGGAGGAACAGAAGGCCCGCCUUGAAGCAUUAGACUCAGCCUCUAAGGCAGCAGAGGUAGAGUGGAGGGAGAAGGCCAAGAAGGAGCUGGAAGACUGGCAUUUACACCAGAAUGAGCAGAUGGAGAAGAAUAAAGCCAACAACAGGAUUGCUGACAAGGCUUUCUACAAACAGCCCAACUCUGAUGUUAUAGGCCUUGUAGCAUCGGAAGAGGCUUUCCUGGCAGAAACUGACAGCGACGCGCCGGGGUCUGAGUGGGAGCGGGUAGCCCGUCUCUGCGACUUCAACCCAAAAACCAACAAGCAGGCGAAGGACGUGUCUCGGAUGCGCUCGGUCCUCAUCUCUCUCAAACAGACGCCUCUGGUUCGCUAGAGCAAAUCCAGUCCGUUCUCUGCCUUUGUUUAUUUUUAACCUCACAUCUGCAUUAAGAGAAAUUUGUAUUUCUCAUGAAACAAAUCCUGUUACCUUUUUAAAACGUCCUGCCUUUUAUGUCUUCUACUGUAUUCUAAUAGUAUAUUUAACCUGGCACUUAAGAGAUAUGAUAUACUGUUACAUUAUCCUUUAAAUGGUCAAUUUGAUAACUAUUUAACUAAAAAAACAUUUCUUUUUCUCCAUUUAACCUUUCAAAUGACUUCAAUGCAUGUCAAGUAUACACAGACUACAGAUUGUAACCACUUUUUUCUCCACCAUAAACCACUUUGGUAGCCAAACAAGAUUAAUCGCCACAUAUUUUAAAAAAGACACACAUUUCAUUCACAAAUAUAAGCUUGUGGCCUUUCUGAUCCAGCUUUUAAUUCACUAGAAGUAUUCAACCAGAUGUUUCCAGUUGAAAAUUCAACAAAAUUUGAGAGAAUAAGUUGUUUUUAUUUAUAUAUUUAUCCUAAACAAAUUUGCCACAGACUUGUUUUGAAAAUAUUGGAUCAUUUUCUUUUACAUUUUGUUACUCAUCUACUUAAAAGUGCAUUUUCCUUUCUUACUUAGCCCAACAUUUUGGGUUUUUUUGGUAGUUAAAGUGUAAGUUUUAGCAGUGACAUCUAUACAUCACUUCACAAGUUGCCUGUUUGGACAUAAUGAAUAUUAAAGCAACGAUUGUCUAAAAGGGAAUUGGAAAAAAAUAAAAACCUUUUGUUCA